AUGGCGAUGGCGGACGCCGCCGCGGGCGGCGCUUCCAUCGUCGAUCUCAUAAUCGGCAGCGGCAUCGUCAUCGUCAUCGGAGAAGCCGCCGCGCGCGCGCUCCCGGGGACCACCGACGCGACGACGAUCGAGUCCCUCGCGCUGUUACCCGAGGACGACGACGACGACGACUCCGACGACGGCCUGCGAUGGGGCGUCGCGUCCGUCGUCUCUCUUCUUCCGCUGUUUGGUUUUCUGUCGUUCCUGUUGCCGGCGCUGGCGGAGGAGCCGGAGGAGCCGGACGCGGACGCCGCGGCGACGAAGAACCGCUACCUCUCGCUGUCCGGCCUGUUCUUCGUCGCGUUCGCGUCCAAGGCGUUCGACCCGACGGACGCCGCGACGUGGGGCGUCGCCGCCGCGUGCGCGGCGACGUUACAGCUGGAACGCGUCGCGCGGGACGUCGAGCGCGCGAAGCGAAGCCGCGAGCGCGCCGCGGCGGCGGCGGCGGCGGCGGCGGCGGCGAAGGCGCCGCGGCGACGGAAGAAGAGGGCGCCGUCCGCGCCGAAGACGCGCGCGGUGUUCGACGCGGUGCGUGGAGGGACGCGCGGGCGAGGCGAGGAGGGGAACGAGGGGAACGAGGGGGGAGCGGACGCGAACGCGAGAGGGUGGGGCGGCGGCGCGGAGAGUCUCCCCGGCGGCUUCGGCGGCGUCGUGAAAAAUCUCCGCGUCCCCGCGUUGCCCGAGGUGAAGGCGCCGACGGUUCGCGACGUCGGACGGACGCUCGGCGCGGCGCAGAUCGCGGCCGUGAAGCUCCGCGGCGAGGUCGAGGAAGGGAAGAUACGCGCGCGGAUCGAGUUCGAGGAGAUGGAGGAGGCGGAACGUCUCGAGGCGGAGGCGGAGUUACAGGCGUCGGAGCGAGAGAAGUGGGACGCGCGGUUUGAAGUGCGGAGCGCGACGAUCGACGGGCUGAAAGAGAUCGCGCGCGAGCGCGGGCUGAGAGGGUACUCGAAGCUGCGGCGCGCGGAGCUGCUGAAGCUCGUGGAGGAGGAGCUGUGGGGGGACGAGCCGUUCUCCGUCGGCGGCGUCGAGUACGUCGACGAGCCCGAGCCCGAGCCCGAGCCCGAGGGGAAGAACCCGUUCAAGUUUUGGUGA